AUGACUUCCAACAGAACACACACUCUGGAGAAACUUCUAGAAAAUUAUCUCAUCACCCCUGGCUCUCCUCCUCCUAUCACACAGACUGCAGAUUCUCGUGAGAAGCUAACUACUUGCUUUGAAGAUGAUAAGAGUCACUUUGGCUCUUCAGUUGCCUCAUAUUUCAUAUUUUUGCGAUGGAUGUAUGGAAUAAACUUGGUUCUUUUUGGACUGACCUUUGGUCUUAUUAUGGUGCCUGAGGCACUGAUGGGGAAGCCCUACGGCAGCUUACCGAGAAAAACUGUGCCAAGAGCAGAAGAAGCAAAUGCGAUGAACUUUGCUACUUUAUACGACUUCAGUGGCUUCGCACAAUAUUCUGUGCUCUUUUAUGGCUAUUACGAUAAUCAGCGAACCAUUGGAUGGUUGAAGUUCCGGCUGCCUCUCUCCUAUUUCCUCGUAGGGGUUGGAUGCAUUGGUUACAGUUUCAUGGUUGUCAUCCGCACAAUGGCAAAGAAUGCAGAUGAUGAUGGCGGUGGAGAUGAUACAAGUUUCAAUUUUAGCUGGAAAAUGUUCACCAGCUGGGAUUACUUGAUUGGUAACCCUGAAACGGCAGAUAACAAAUUUGCAUCCAUAACAACUAGUUUCAAGGAAGCAAUUGUGGAGGAACAAGAGAGCCGAAAAGAAGAGAAUGUCCACUUGGUCCGAUUUCUGAGGGUCCUCGCUAACUUUUUUGCAUUGUGCACACUGGCUGGGAGUGGUUAUCUCAUCUACUUUGUUGUGAGGCGAUCCCAACAGUUUGCUUUGGAAGGCCUGGAAAACUAUGGGUGGUGGGAGCGAAACGAAGUGAACAUGGUCAUGUCUCUUUUGGGAAUGUUCUGUCCCACGGUAUUUGAUAUAAUCAGUGCUCUGGAAAACUAUCACCCUCGAAUAGCUCUACGGUGGCAGCUGGGGCGCAUCUUUGCUCUUUUCCUGGGCAACCUGUACACAUUCAUCAUUGCUCUGAUGGAUGAAAUCAAUCUUAAGCUGGAGGAAGAGAAGAUUGUUAGGCAGAACAUGACAAUUUGGUUAACCAAUCUGUACAAUGGGACAAUCCCUGAAAAUGUCACUGAUCCUCCACCACAUGUGCAUCUUGCUGAUGUACCCAGAGGCCCAUGUUGGGAAACAAUGGUUGGACAGGAAUUUGUGCGGCUGACGGUCUCCGACACUGUGACAACUUAUGUCACAAUCUUAAUUGGUGAUUUCUUGAAAGCUGUCUUUGUCAGGUUUUUCAAUUACUGCUGGUGCUGGGACUUGGAAUAUGGAUUUCCUUCUUAUUCAGAAUUCGAUAUCAGUGGCAAUGUGUUGGGUCUGAUCUUCAAUCAAGGCAUGAUCUGGAUGGGUGCCUUUUAUGCACCCUGCCUCCCAGCUAUCAACAUGAUUCGCCUCCACACUUCCAUGUACCUGCAGUGUUGGGCUGUGAUGUGCUGCAACGUCCCUCAUGAGAGAGUUUUCAAAGCCUCAAGAUCUAACAACUUCUACAUGGCCAUGCUGCUGUUUAUUCUCUUCCUUUCCACACUGCCAGUCGUCUACACUGUUGUUUCCAUCCCACCAUCUUUUGACUGUGGCCCAUUCAGUGGGAAAACUAGGAUGUUUGAGGUCAUUGGAGAAACUUUGGAGCAUGAUUUCCCUGCCUGGUUUCGGAAACUCUUUAAUCUCGCCUCAAACCCUGGAGUGAUCCUACCCGUCAUACUGCUGAUGGUCUUGAGCAUCUACUAUCUCAACGCUACAUCCAAAUCCUACCAGGGAGCUAUCUUGGAGCUCAAAAAGAAAUUGCAAAGUCAAGCUGAAGAAAAUAAAAGGAAGAACAAGCAAAAAGCGCAGGAAGCCCGGAAGGCAUUAGAGGAUGCUCAGAAGACAGAAACCAAUGAGAACAACUCAAACAGCAUUCAAGAUAAGCAAAGAGGAGAGAACAAUGUCAAGAAAAUGCGGGGUCAGCAGCAGAAAGAAAAGCCCUUUCCUGCUGGUGUAACCAAUGGAAACAUUCUUCCCCCAGGCAGUGGAAAAGGAAGAGGCCUGGUUCCUCCCCCAUGCAUAGCAGUGACACAGUCCUCCGGGCUAGCAACUAUUGCGUGA